CGCGGCCCAAGGCGCGGCGCGAAUUGUGACGCAGGCGUCCGGCGUGCUCCGUGCGCAAGCGCCUUCGGCGGAGAUUAGGUGGUUUCCGGUUCCGCCGUCCUCUUUUUCUUCAGCGAGGCGGCUGAGCUGGUUUGGUGGCGGCGGUCGAGCGGCAGACGCAAACAUGCAGAUCUUUGUGAAGACCCUCACGGGCAAAACCAUCACCCUCGAGGUCGAGCCCAGUGACACCAUUGAGAAUGUCAAAGCCAAAAUUCAAGACAAGGAGGGUAUCCCACCUGACCAGCAGCGUCUGAUAUUUGCUGGCAAACAGCUGGAAGAUGGCCGCACUCUCUCAGACUACAACAUCCAGAAAGAGUCCACCCUGCACCUGGUGUUGCGCCUGCGAGGUGGCAUUAUUGAGCCUUCCCUCCGCCAGCUUGCCCAGAAAUACAACUGCGACAAGAUGAUCUGCCGCAAGUAUGUGUGCUCCGAUGCUUGGGAGGCUGUGGGGGCUGCCACAGUCGGAGUAUGCCCUCAUCUGCCCCUCCUGUCUCUUUGCAGGUGCUAUGCUCGCCUUCACCCUCGUGCUGUCAACUGCCGCAAGAAGAAGUGUGGCCACACCAACAACCUGCGCCCCAAGAAGAAGGUCAAAUAAGGCUCUUCUAUCCUUGAAGGGCAACCUCCUGCCCAGGCCCCGUGGCCCUGGAGCCUCAAUAAAGUGUCCCUUUCGUUGACUGGAGCAGCAA